AUGUAAAAAUUGUAUUUCCUUCUAAUAGUUACAGUGUUUAGUUGUGAUAUUGAUGAAGCUAUAAAAGCCUUUAAAUCUAAAUAAAUUAGAGAUCCUAUAUUUCCAUACACUAAAAAUCCUUAUGAAAUUGUUGAUUCUAACUAUUUAUUAAAAGUUUCAGAUAACCUUAAAGAUACAAAAAGUGUUUGUGCUAUUAAAUAUGAUGACUAUGAAAAACAAAUGUAAUCAUAUCAUAAUUUUUAGAUACCAUUUAAAACACUUUAAUUCAAAAGAAGAGGCAGAAGAGAAUUAAUUCAUUGUGACUCAUCAAGGAAAAUGUGGUGCAUGCUCUACUUUAUAAGAUUUGGCUGUUUAUCUUAAAACUGAUUUGACUAGGCCAGUGAGAAAGUGUGGUUUAAUGUAUGGAUUGUCUUAAUAUCAUCUUUUAAAAUGUAUAAAGGGAUUAGGAUUCACUGAUACAUGUGCUUAAGUUUGGUUGUAUAAUACUUUAAAUACAAAAAAAUCAUGUUUUUGGCCUUGUAUGUAAUAAAUACAUACUUAAUCAAAAUAGUGUGUCUUUUAUUACAAAUGAAAAUUUUGUGAAAAAUGGAAAAUUAAAUAAAUGUUUAUAAUGUGAUGAAGACAUCUCUGGACCUAUAUUUAAAUAUGAAUCUGGAAGAACUAGAAGAAAUUCAGGCAUAAAAUCAGAAAUUGAUAGGCCUGAUGACUAAAUUUAUAACAUAACCCAUUGUUAUUAUUAUUGA